CACAAAUUAUUUGCCCAAUCGUGAGGCGAACUCAGGUCACGUGCCGGCCAAAGAACCAAUCAAUUUUUUACAUAUUAAUAAUUUUUCAAGGAAAAGAAUUGACUCAAUUAAUUAAACUUCUUUGGAUUUCGUGAAAAAUCAAAUUGGGGGUUGAGUUACAUAACCUCACUUGUCAAGUAACUGUAAGACAAGAUGAGACACGCUUCUUUCAUUGCACGGACAGUUUUCGUCCAAAAUAACGACGUUGAGGCUGCCUGUCGUGUCCUGAACAGGAUAUUAGGUCGGGAGGGAAUUUUGGAGCAAUACCGCCGGACGCGUUUUUUCGAAAAACCCUUCCAGUUUCGUAGACGCAUCAGUUUUGAAAAAUGCAAAGCCAUUUACAACGAAGACAUGGACCGGAAGAUUCAGUUCGUGUUGCGCAAAAACAGGACAGAACCUUUCCCAGGCAAUCCGUAAAUUACGUAAUUAGAAUGUUUUUAUUAGUUAUAAUGAGUACAAUCACUUAUUUAUAAAA